GUCGGAGGCGGAGCCCGGAGAGUUGCCGCGGGCUCCUGGAUAAGAGGACCCUGGAUCUCCCGCCCCAGCUCCGCGUGGUGGUGGGCGGUGGCCGGGCCAUGUUGCUAGUGUUGCUGAGCCUGGCUGCUAUGUGCAGGAGCGCCCUGUCCCGAGAGCCGACUAUUCAGUGUGGCUCUGAGACAGGGCCAUCUCCAGAGUGGAUGGUCCAACAUACACUCACUCCGGGAGACCUGAGGGACCUCCGAGUGGAACUUGUCAAGACAAGUGUGGCAACAGAGGAGUUUUCAAUUCUGAUGAACAUAAGCUGGAUACUCCGGGCAGACGCCAGCAUCCGCUUGUUGAAGGCCACCAAGAUCUGCGUGAGUGGCAAAAACAACAUGCAUUCAUACAGCUGCGUGAGGUGCAACUACACAGAGACCUUCCAAAGCCAGACCAGACCUUCCGGCGGCAAAGCAAUGGAUCUUCUCCUAUGUCGGCUUCCCUGUGGAGCUGAGCACGCUCUAUCUCAUCGGGGCCCAUAACAUCCCCAAUGCUAACAUGAACGAGGACAGCCCUUCUUUGUCUGUGAACUUCACCUCGCCAGGCUGCCUAAACCAUGUAAUGAAAUAUAAGAAGCAGUGCAUUGAAGCAGGAAGCCUGUGGGACCCAAACAUCACAGCUUGUAAGAAGAAUGAGAAGACCGUUGAAGUGAAUUUUACAACCAAUUCCCUUGGAAACAGAUACAUGGUUCUCAUUCGACGGGACACAAUGUUGGGGGUUUCUAUAGUGCUGGAGAACAAACUGACGAGGACAUCUGUAGUCAUUCCGGUCAAUGAUGAGAGUGAAGGUGCCUUGGUUGAGCUGACCCCAUAUUUACACACCUGCGACAAUGACUGCAUUCGACGCAAAGGGACAGUGGUGCUUUGCUCAGAGACAAGUGCUCCCUUCCCUCCAGAUGACAACAGAAGCAUGCUGAGAGGCUGGCUGCCUCUCCUCCUGGUGCUGCUGGUGGCUACAUGGGUGCUGGCAGUUGGGAUCUACCUAACUUGGAGGCAAGGAAGGAGCACAAAGACAUCUUUUCCUAUCACCGCCAUGCUCCUGCCCCUCGUUAAGGUCCUGGUGGUUUACCCAUCCGAGAUAUGUUUCCAUCACACAGUCUGUCGCUUUACUGACUUUCUUCAAAACUACUGCAGAAGUGAGGUCAUCCUUGAAAAAUGGCAGAAAAAGAAAAUCGCCGAGAUGGGGCCCGUGCAGUGGCUUACCACUCAGAAGCAAGCAGCAGAUAAAGUCGUCUUCCUUCUUCCCAGUGACGCCCCUUCCCUUUGUGACAGUGCCUGUGGCCACAAGGAGGGCAGUGCCACGGAGAAUUCUCAGGAUCUGUUCCCUCUUGCCUUUAACCUCUUUUGUAGCGAUUUCAGCAGCCAGACUCAUCUGCACAAAUACCUGGUGGUCUAUCUUGGGGGAGCAGACCUCAAAGGGGACUAUAAUGCCCUGAGAGUCUGCCCCCAGUAUCAUCUCAUGAAGGACGCCCCAGCUUUCCACACAGAACUUCUCAAGGCUACGCAAAGCAUGCCGCUGAAGAAACGGCCACAGGCCUGCCACGGCAGCUGUUCACCCUUGUAGUCCACCCAGGAGGAGAGGGACCUGAAGCCUUCCUACUCUACCUUCCAGUGACAAAACACCUUGUGACGACCCUGAAAUGUACUGUAUAGGCUGUGUGUAGGUAGUGCUAUGUACAGAACUUGCUCUAAAACUGGAGUUUACAGUCAGAGCUUGAGCACAGAUGCCUGAGGCUAGUCAUUAGCUGGCUUUAUGAAGACAUUAGUGAGUGGAACCUAAAUGUUUGAAUAUACCCAAAGCCGGGUGCUGAUUAUCACCAUGAACUCAGCACUCUGGCCAGGAAGGAAUGAGGCAUUUCCCAGUCAGGUGUCUGGUCUUACACUGCCCACGCUCUAUGCUGCACAUAGGACUGUGGACUCCUGAAGAUUUUAAUCUAUUAAUGAGUAACCCCUCUGGGAGGCUCUCACUAAUGUGUAGCUUCCUAAGAGAACAAGCCUAUUACACACACAAGCUGCCUGACCAGAUGAUCCAGUGUCUAUGUAACCACUGCGCUGUCUGAUGUUUGCACAGUGCUUUCCCUCACCACACUUUUGGACAGGUAACCUUUACUUUUUAUCUUAUGAGUGCCAGGAAUUGAACCCAGGGUAUUAUGCGCACUAGACAAACGCCCUGCCACUGAAAUACAUCCCCGUCCCUCACAGGUGUCACACCUUUAAUCCAGCACUCAAGUAGAAGAGGCAGGAGGAUCUCUGUCUGAGGCCAGCCAGAGACACACAGUGGGGCUCCGUCUCAAAUGAACAAGUUGUUACCCAUAAAUCUAGUGUCUACUUUUGUCCAGUUAACCUGUCCACUGUUGUGGUUCCCAGAGUUCUUGGUUAUUACCUAAGAUUUCCUGUUCAAAACUAAUUCUUAAAGUGAAAUUAGCUCUCUUGAAGUAAUUAAUCUUCUCUGUAAUCAAUCGCUUAAAUAAAAAACUACCAAGAAGGAAGGACAGCUCACAGACUCAGCUCUGGACUCGGGUUGUUUCCAGCACCCACACGGCUGCUCAUAACCAUCUUAGCUCUAGUUUGGGAAUCCGACAACCUUCUUUGGCUUUUGAGGACACUCUACAUGCAUUUUAAAAACACACUGUAUAUAUCGCAGUGUUUUGCUUGCAUGUAUGUCUGUGUACCAUGUGUGCUUGGUGCCUGAGGUCAGAUUACCAGCUUGGUGCUGGAUUACCUGGAACUGGAAUUACAGACACAUGUGAGCCACCAGGUGGAUGCUGGGAAUCAAACCUGGGUCUUCUGCAAGAACAAAUGCUCUUUAACUGCUGAACUCUCUCUUUACACCCCCUAACAUAAAUAAAUCUUAUUUAAAAACAAAAAUGAAAACAAAAAAAUCUGACCAGAAACAGUAACAGUAUAUAGACUUGUAACAUCUUUGAGCCUUCUAGAUUGUUACUUUCUCAAAGCAGCUUUUUCUUAAUGUAGAAACUACAAAAAAAUGUAUAUAAUAGCAUAUGUAUUUGUCUAGUAUGGCUUCAUACAGCAUAAUAAAUCUGUUUUGUAAUGGGA